AUGUUCACAGACAAUUUUGGAAAAGCCAAAGAUACGCAGCAGGUUUCCCAGGUGAUAGUACAAUGCUUCAAAAGUUUAAAUUCAGUUCCCAGAUCGACUCCAGACCUAGAGCAAGACUAUUGUGAUUCUGAUGAAGAGGAAGAUUUGAUCGUGGAUUUAACGACAGGGUCGUUAAAGCCCAGGAAUUUGAAGAAUUAUCUACUUAUGAAUGAGGUAAUGAAUGGCCUAGAGAGCCUAUGA